AAAGGUUUUUGUAAUGUUAUUUUUAUUAGUACAUAUUUAUCUAUUUCAAGGGUAAUGAAUCUAUUUUCUUGUGAUCCGGAACGUUACAAGUCUCCCCUUCCAACUUAUAUAAAUAGAAAAAAGCCCAUUGUGGUAACCCCCUCUUAUAUGACGUCAAUACAAGCUAGAGCGAAAUAUACAGAGGAUGAAAGUAUAAAUAAAUUUAAAAUUAAAGCAAUUCCAGUAGUUAACACAGAAGCACGAAAUUGUAAUUUACAGAAUGGACAAUUGUCGUUUCCGGAUUCUCCUAAAUUUAAAGCACCCUUUUCCUCUACUCACUCCCCCAAUAUCUCUUUUUCAUCAGCCUUUGUAGAAUCUUCCCCACCUUUACGUAAACCAACACCUUUAAGAUCUUUUACCUCUUUACUUCAAAAUCUCCCUCUUCCACGUUCGGUUAGUCAGUUGCUAGAGUCUACUGCAGGCGUUCCAACUCCUUUAAAAGACCAAAGUUCGGUAAUCCAGCAGUCAAUAUUUCAGAACUUUUGUGAAAACUCUUCUGGAGCGUCUUUAUCUCUGGAAAAAGCUGAUUCUAAUCUUACCCGAGACAAAUUUAUUGAACUUCCCAAUUGUGAACAGACCGAGAAGAGCACUGACAUUGCUUGUAGAGAUAACAACUUUCAUGUUUCUAUCAAUGAGAGUACAAGUAUUUUAACGGCAAACAGUGAAAUGGAUUGUAUUGGUAGCAGUAGUCCACGUAAUAGUAAUAGUGGCCUUGUGUGUAAUAAAGAAAAGGAACAGCCCAUGGAUAAAAAAAGGACUGGUUUUUCUAAAUUUAUUUUCAAUGAAGUUAACAACUUUAGAAGCAUCGACCCUGAAGGUGUUCGUAAUAAAAAGGAAGAUGUACGUGAUUUUCACAGUUUAUUUGGAGAUACUUCUGCUGGAGAUAGCAAUAUUUUUAAUUUUGAGUUGAACAGCAUGUUGCUCAGAAGUGUACCAGAUAAUAUAUCAAGUAGCCCUAUUAAUUUUGAAUCUAGUAAGGAAAAAAGCACUACGCACGAAACUUUAAAUUCACCCAAAUCCGUAUUGUCAUCAUCAAAUUUUGCAACGUUUGCUAACAAAGAAGAGGAAGUUGGGCCCUCCGAAUUAUUAAAAACUCCGAAGAAGCAAGGCCAAACAGACUUCAGAUCUUCACCAUCACCAGGCGGAAAGUUAUUGAAAAUUCUCAGGGAUCACGAAAGUAAAGGAUUUUCGGAAAGUCCUUUAAAAUUAACUUGUUCAGAGGAGCUCUAUAAGGAGGAUGAAAGUAUUAAUAUUAACGACGAUAAAAUUAUUACCGACUACGCUGACAACAAUGAGGAUAAUAAUAAUAGUAAUAACAGCAAUAGUGACACGAUUAUAAUGAUAAUAAUUAUAAUAAUGCGAGUCAAGUAA